AUGCGUGAAAAUGAAAUUGGCGAUCAGGUCCUCCCAACAAAGCCACAAACCCCAUGCCUGUCGAUCUAUCGACCACGGCAAUACCAACAGGCACCUCCUCCCCACAAACAUCAAAAGUAUAUCACGCAUGAUACGCUCCUGUUUGAAGAAAUGCAUAUGGGUGUUGCCGUUGUGGAUGUGGAAAACUGGAGAUUAGUGGUCGACGGAAUGGUGGAGAACCCAAUCUCGCUUUCUCUCCCCGAAUUACGCAAAUUGCCGAAGUCGUCCAUCACCGCAUUCCACGAAUGCUAUGGAAGCCCGCUGCGGCCAUCAGAUAGGAACAUCUGGCGUGUAGGGAAUGUCACAUGGUCUGGAGUCCGUCUCAAAACUCUUUUGGGGAUGGCUCGGCCUACGUGCUUCGCACAAUAUGUAUGGUCUGAUGGUCUUGAUCAAGGCGUAUUCGCCGGGAAGAGAGUGUCUUGUUAUCAGAAAGACCUUCCAUUGGAAAAGGCAAUGAGUGACGAAGUGCUUGUGGCUUAUGAGAUGAACUCCGAACCGCUUCGAAAAGAGCGAGGGGGUCCGGCGAGACUGAUAGUGCCUGGGUGGUUCGGUACCAACAGCACCAAGUGGCUCUGCCGAAUAUCGCUUCAAGAAAAAAGAGCUCCUGGAAUAUUCGCAACAUAUUACUACAACAGGCCUGAUCCAAAGGGAGAGCUCCAGCCCGUGUGGAAAGUAGAGCCUAACUCCAUGAUCACCGAACCUUCACCGAAUGCCAAGGUAGCUGGGCCAAAGGUUGUUAUCCGUGGUUGGGCGUGGAGUUGGGACGGUAUCGAAUGUGUUCUGAUACGCUUAUCCAGCAAACAAGGAUGGCAACGAGCUGAGACGAAGCCACGCAAGGACUUUGGCUGGCAAGAAUUUUGCCAUGUUGUCGAGCUAUCGUAUGGUCGUUGCUCUAUAGUGGCUCAAGCGAUUUCACGCACGGGCGAGGUGCAAUCCCUGGAGAGCCAAAGAAAUUGUGCGCAUAGAGUCGACUUUGAGGUGAUUUCUGUGCACGAAUCAUCUAUGGAACUAGAAACGGGCAAUUGA